CAAAAUGGCGCCCACUUAUAGAUAGUCAAGUUAUGGAGCGAAUCCGUUUCCAUCCUUCUCUGUUUUCACUGAAUUGAGAUUAUUAUAAAAUAUGUUCUAUGAAGAACAAUUCGUCUGUUGUUUUUAAGCGAUUUCAAAGAAUUUCCGCCAUGUGAAUGAACGUUAUUAGCGCAUUAUUUCUCACGAGAUGCCGAGUUCUCGACAUGAAAAAACUGGCAAAACUAGUAGCCCCAAUGCACGAAACCACAGCAAAACUAAAAAGUCCUCACAUAAGCAAAAGAAGCUCAAAAAGCAAUUGAAACAAGCCAGCCCUGAUGUAAAACUUAAGGGCCAAUAUGAGGAUAUUUCGUCCGCGUCUGAACAUGAAGGGCAAGAAUUCGAGCAAAAAUUUAGCUCCAUAUCACCACCUUCACCAGCAGUGGUGAAAAAAGUUAAAUCUAGUGAAAAGAAAAAGAAGUCAAAAAAGGAUAAUGACGUGAAAAAGAAACGUAAAAAGCGAUCCAAGGCAUCUCAGUCCGAGGCAAAAAAUGUCAGGCAGCAAUCGCUGUCACCAGUAUCCAAGUCAAGAUGGAAGGACAGCCCUUCUCCACCUCCGCCAAAAGAGCCUUACCAACGCAUCUCUCCUCCGUCUCCUGCGCCACAGCCGUUUCCUAGACUAAGAAGAGAAGAAUCAAAGACUCCACCUCCUCUUCCAAGAGCUUUUAGAAAGCGUUCUCCAAGUUUGAGUCCUUACAGAUCUCCUCAGUUCAAAACAAGAUCUCCACUUCACUCUAGGUCACCAUUACGUACCUGGUCGAGAUCACCAUAUGAGCACAAAUCAAGAUCACCUUUACAUUCUCCAUUUAGGCAAAGAUCACCAAUGUACAGAUCACCAGAGAGAUCACCUAUAGUGUCACCUCCAAGAUAUUCACCUUACAGGAAUAAAAGGAAACAUUCAUUCUCACCUAUGAAUAGAGCAUCUAUGCCUUCUCCUCAUAGAAUGUCACGUCAAAGGAGUAGAUCACCAUCACCUUAUUGGAACGCUAGGAAUAGGAGUAUAUCUCCACAACCUUACCAGAAAAAUCGCAGAUCAGUCUCACCUUACUGGACGUCGAAACACAAAAGUAGAUCCCCUUCACCAUAUAGGACCAACAGGGGUCGUUCACCUUCCAGAUCUUCAAGACCUUGGAACUCUCCUUAUAAUUCAACUAUGAGGAAACCAAGCAAAAAUUCUGGACAAAAAUCUAGCUAUUCCUCUAAGGAUAACUAUGAUAAAAUGGAGCGAAGAACUUCUGAGUUUAGAACUGAAUCAAAGAUUUCUAGAUCUAAGCAUAAUAGUUCAGGGAAGGAUUUCAGUGAUGGAAAAGGAAAAGAUUAUUAUCAUUCUAGUAGUGACAGGAUAGGGAAAAGCAAUUCAAAAACUAUCAGGGAAUCUUUGCCGUCUUCUACUGAUCGGACUCCAAAGACGAAAGUAGAACCAGUAAAAGCAACCGGAUCAGUCAUAAAAGAGCAAAAGCCAAAAACACCAGAUUCUAAGGUUCAGGAAUCUGAUAGAAAGAGAGCAAGUAGUAUAUCAAAGAGUGUUCCCCCACCUCCACCUUCCAGCAGUUCAACACCACCACCAUUACCAGCUGAUGAACCACCCCCUCUGCCACCAGAUGAAGAGAAGCCACCCCCACCUCCUGCACCAGCUUUGCCUCCUCUUCCACUUCCACCUGAACUACCUGGAUCCCCUAGUGAUUCUCCAAUGGUUUUCUCUCCUUCUCCUGGUUCCACCAACAACCAGUUACACCCUCCUCUGCCACCUUUAAAAAAUUUAGAUGGAAUUUCAAGAAGAGCAUCAAUGUCCAGUAGUCUGAGUGGUACCCCUAUGUCUACCCCUGACACCACACCCAAGACCCCUGCUGAUCCAGAAUGGGGAGAAAGAUGUGUUGACAUGUUUCAAAUUAUUGAGCAAAUCGGAGAAGGAACAUAUGGACAGGUUUAUAAAGCUAAAGAUAAAAUUACUGGAGAAUUAGUUGGUAUGAAGAAGGUCAGAACAGACAAUGAAAAGGAAGGUUUUCCUAUCACAGCUGUAAGGGAAAUCAAGAUUCUACGACAGUUAAACCACCCAAACAUUAUUAACUUAAAGGAAAUAGUCACAGAUAAGCCUAACGCCAUGGACUUUAGAAAAGACAAAGGGGCUUUCUAUCUGGUAUUUGAAUACAUGGACCAUGAUCUAAUGGGGCUAUUAGAGUCAGGCCUAGUACACCUCACUGAGGAUCAUAUCAAGUCUUUUAUUCGUCAGCUGUUGGAUGGUUUAAACUACUGUCAUAAAAAGAACUUCCUUCAUAGAGAUAUCAAGUGUUCCAAUAUCCUUCUAAAUAACGAUCGCGUCUGUGGAACUCCUACCCCAGCAGUCUGGCCUGGAAUCAUCAAUUUGCCUCAUUUCCAUACAAUUAAACCCAAGAAACAGUACCGAAGACGUGUUAAAGAAGAAUUCCAAUUCCUCCCAGUUGAUGCGCUUGACCUGUUUGACAAAAUGUUGACCCUUGACCCUAGUCAACGAAUCUCAGCAGAAGAAGCCCUGGAACAUCCAUUCUUGAAGGACCUGGAUCCUUCAAAGAUUAUCCCUCCAAGCCUUCCAACAUGGCAGGACUGCCACGAAAUGUGGUGUAAAAAACGAAAGCGAAAAGCCGAAGGAAAGAAUGUAGAUGACUCUUCCAAGCAACCCAAGGUUGAAUCAAGAGAUACGGAACAAGAUCCUCCAGCUCCUGUAUCAUCUGGUCCAUUAGAUGGCCAGGAUCUGCCUGAUGUAAGGACCACGGGUUCCUCUAGCGGGACAUCUACAGCUGAAAGGUUUUCAAAUAUUCUAACAGAUAACGAUGGUACAAAUAAACCGGAUUCAGCGCCUUUUGCUCGUAAGGCGGACUACGAAACGGAUCUUCCUUACCCUAAUGAUUUCAAUGAUACUAAGAAAGAAGAAGUGAUGCAACCUAAAGACUUUACCGGCGAGUAUGAUCGUGUACGAUUAAAUAGUAGGACAUUCGAAUAUGAUCAUUCGUCGUCGCGAGUUGUUGAGAGCAUGUCAAGUCGUAAUGAAUACGCAGAGCCUGAAUGUCAAUAUGAACAGUUAUCACCUGCCUCAGAUCAUCUAUCAGAGCGGGUAUACAGCAAUGAACGAGACUACAAAGGCUAUGGAUACACCACAGAAUCAAGAGAAAGUAAAUAUACUAGACCACGGUAUACCGACACUCAAGAUUACAGAUAUCGAGAAUCGUACAAAUCAUAUCCCCAUGAGUCGAAGAGUGGUAAAUACGCAGGAGGUUCUGGUCGGAGGGCGCCGAGUCCGAAUAGCAGUAACAGUUCGUAUCUAAGGUGGUAGUGUUGAAGUACAGACCCCUUGGUAUCCAGCAUUAUGUGCGGUUGGUAAGACAAAGAGCAUUAACUAGAAAUGCAUGCAGAGCAGAGCAAGCAAGUGCUCGGUAGGGGACUGUCUUGGUAUGUUUGUUGGUCAUGAGAAAAAGACCAAGUCAAGGUGCCUUGUCUGAUCGGCAGUACUGAUGUAUGACUGGGCGUUUUGCAUCUUGCGUUGAUCGAUUCCCUAGAGAAAUCUAGUUCUAUUAUCUCGAUACCUUAAGAAAAUCUUCCUUAUAGAGCUUUCUACUAUAAUUAUGACUGUUACUGUGACUGGGAGUGGGUGUGGGUGUGGGUUAAAGCAUCUUGAAAAUUAGCGCUUUAAAUACCUCGAAUUUUGCUGGCCUAGUUUUCACACGGUCUAUGAAAAAUACAUGUUUUGCUGUGAAAAGUCCUUGAAAGAAAAGGUUGUGACUUUCUGAGUUGACAUCGCAGUCAUUAAUUAAAGUAUGAAUCUCUGGAAGCAUGGUCUUGCCUUUGUGAUGCACCCGAGCACUUACUCGUACUCGCUAUUUUCUAUAACAAGAUGCAUAAGUCACAAAUAUCCUGUUCAAUCUAUAUUGGAUAAUGGUUCCCUCGAUCAGAACCAACGUACUGAUUUCUGUUGCAUACAUCAAAAAAUAUCCCUGCAUUCAAUGGCAGUACUUUCAACAGUAAUGCUAUAAGGAUGAGCUUUCGACAGAUGUAAUGCUAACUAAAUACACCGAUUGAAGUCGUAAAGAUUUGAUGCCCACUUUGUCAGAAUUGAUCAAGGCUGCAAUUCAACUCGUGCUACUUUACACUUUUGGAUUCAUUUUAGAGUGAUUUUACUUGGCUUAUGUCGAUGUCUACUACAGUACUUGUGUAUUACGUUGACUUUACUUUCACGAGUGAAGGAAAAUCACUCGAGGACCGUGCUUGUUUGUACAUUUUUGUUUAAUGAGUCAUGUGUAAUGUAAUAUUGUCCUAAUGCUGGGACUUGACUGACAAGAAAGUAGGGCGACGCUACUGCUAAGAACAAGUCAUUUUGAGAGUCAGCCCUUACAGUUGUGAGGUUCACCAGAGAGGUGUAGUCCGAGCACCAAAAUUACCUUACCUAUUUAGGGAGGCCCCUGGUAGUUUAUCAUUCAGUCUUUUAACCUCUCUUACUAAUUUUAUAAUUUUCCUGCUAACCAUUGCAACUUCCAUAAUCCACUAUAACUUUGUCUCCGCUUUAGGAUAAAACUGUAACCCAAGCCUUCUGGUCUUAGUUCACUUUGUAAAUACCGAAGAAUUUGUAUAGUAGAUUACUUUUCCUACCAGCAGGUGACUACACCGUGGGCAAUAGAGCGAAUUUUGAAUGACUUUAAAAGUCCAUAGCCCGAAUAAGUCACACAAGACAGUCCAAUGUCCGAGUUUAUCAUGAUGGGAACGAGAGCAUCCUAGCUUGAUUUUCAUCUUCAUUCAAUGUUUGCUGUAUGUAAACUAGAAGUAUAUAUCACCUUUAAAAAACUCCUACGACAUUAUUCAUUUGAGUUUAUCUGUCGUACAGACUAUGAUAUAUUUUGAUACUUAGAUGAACAAAGUAUUGUGUAGUAAAUUUGUAAAUUAAAACGUACUUUUGAACUUGA